AGCGGUUAACUUUUAAAUCCACCUCUGUGCUCGUUGUGGUUCAUGCUACGAGAUAAAUCUACAUGUUCGACGGAAAACGGACAAAAAUGACCCUCGCGUCAAAGGCUCUCCGUUUCAAAUCCAAGUUUAUAACCGCCGAGCUGGCUCGUCUGUUCAGCCAGUCGGACAGCGAGGAGGAGUUUGAAGGUUUCAGUGAGGAUGAGGAAGAAGAAGACAGAGGAUGUUUUAACAAACGACUAAAGAACAAGGUGGUGGACUCAGAGGAGGACAGUGAUGUGGACACAGGCUUCUACUCUGAUGGCGAGGAGGCCCCACCACCAAAGAGGAAAAGUCUUUUAGUAGCUCUGAGGUUUCCCAUCAAAAGAUUGUCAUCCCCCAAACAGGAUUCACAAGAAAGAAGUGCCAAAAAGCCAGUCAAAGAAAAUCCUCCUUCACAGAGAUCCAGGGGAAGGCAAAUAAUGAAGCAGAAACCAGUUGAGAAAGAGGAGGAGGAGGAGGAGGAAGAGGAAGAUAAAGAGGAGGUCCUCUCUCCGAGCCUAAAGAAACGAGACAAGAAUAUCCAGGAAAACAAGGCCAUGCUUGCUAAGCUGUUUGCUGAUCUGAGCACCAUGGCUGACCUGACUCUGCCCACCACCCCUCCAAAAAAGAAACGAAUGUCAAAUAAAUCAACGCCACGGAAACGCAAGUUUGAACAGGACGUUGGAUCAGAAAGGAGGAACCCAUCCCGAAAGGCUCGUCCUCCUGAGAACUUUGCAGUUGAGGAAAAGAGUGAGCCGCUUAAUCGCAGAAGCCCCAGGACUGUUGAUCCCAAAAGGCUGGUGGAGGUGGAUGAGGAUCGUAUGGACGAGAGGCCAAAAAAGAGGAAGAGCCACACUUCCAGGAAGAGUCAGUACAUAGUGAGAUCAAUCGAUGAGAUCACCAAGGAAGACCUGGACAACAUAGCAUACCGCAGCAAAGACAAGAUCUGGGACAAGGAGAAUGGCAGCUCAUGUCACCAGUGCAGACAGAAGACUCUGGACACUAAGACGGUGUGCCGCAGUGGUUUCUGUGUGGGGGUCAAGGGUCAGUUCUGUGGGCCGUGUCUGAAGAACCGCUAUGGAGAGGAUGUACGCACUGUGCUGCUCGACCCGACGUGGUCGUGUCCCAUCUGUCGUGAGAUGUGUAACUGCAGCCUGUGUCGUAAGAAGGAGGGCCGCUGCGCUACCGGCAUCCUGGUGGGUUUGGCUCGUUACAAUGGCCACGACAACGUCCACGAGUAUUUGGAGAGUAUUCAGAAGGAGCUGCAGUAAAGUCCACAGAAAGGACCAGAGGGGAGAACCUCCUCGUACAGCUGGUGCCAUGGAGGAGGUUCUGGUGCUGCACAGUACUGUAGAAAUCAUUAUAACGCACAUUCUUAGGUUUAGAUCAACCUUUUAUCAACCUAGACAAACAAAAGCAAAAAGGUUGUCUUUUUUUGUCACCUUAACAUGAGGCACAUAUACUGUUAAUAUGUUUUGUAUAUCCUGAUUUAAGGCUGCAUAAGAUGCAGGGAUGUUUUAAUUUUUUUUUUUAAAGCCAGUACUCGAUUUGAGUUGUACAUUUUCUUUGGUAUGUUUCUAAUCUGUAUGUUCACUGGGACAGAUGUGAUGUUUUAAUAUCGGUGUUGCGGAUACAAGCUUUUAUACAAAUUACUUUUCUAAAAUUGAAUAACUUUGCAGCGUUUUGUCAGUUCACUGUCAAUGUUAAUAAAAAAAUGGCAUAAUCUA